GAAACGAGUAGAUGUAUUUAGUUUAGAGAAGUCGUACAUGCAAUUAAGAGAUACAUGCAUUGAUGGUAGUACCCUUCUCGUCUUCUUGUUGGCUCACAAUGUUACACUAUGAAUUACAUCCGCGUCACGGAUGAUUAUGUCGUUUAACUUUUUAAACGACUUCUUCCCUUUCGAGCGAAGACAUCGUACAGGAUUGUAUCGUCCGUCGACGUAUUUACGUAUAUAUAUAUAUAUAUAUAUUAUUUUCGCGCGAAUGAUCACCGAUUUUAUUGUGAAUGAUUGAUCAUUAAAUAAUAUCGUCAUCUUCGAAGAACAAGGGAGCGUUGACCCUUUAUCACUCAAUGUUUACUUACGAAGCGAUAAAACUAACAAGAAUAAAAAUAAUGGAGAAAAGUAACAUACUGCUAUCACCUGGCCAACGUAUACGUCCUAAUAUGAACAAAGAAACUGUAAUCGAUCUUUUAUCAAAGAUCUAUGGUCUAACAGCGAUGGAUAUCAAAGAGUUGAACGCUUACGACGACAAAAAUUAUCACGUACAUUGUAAGGAAUCACAUGAGAAUCCUUAUAUAUCGGAAAUCAGCGAACACGGGUACGUUUUAAAGAUUAUAAAUUCUUUGGAUUCGCGAAAUACUCAUGUUAUAGAUGCGCAAACUGAAAUGUUGAUAUUUUUAAAUGGCCAUAUCAAUUGUCCGAUACCAGUUAAAAAUUUAAGUGGCACAUAUUAUACCAUGGAGAAGAUAAAUGAUUCAGAGGAAAGUCAUGUUAUAAGGCUUUUCAUUUAUCAACCUGGUCAAUUAUUAACAAGUGUAUCUUGGAAUAAGGAAUUACUUUAUAAGAUCGGUUAUUUGGCGGCAGAUCUCGAUGUAAAACUUUCGAAAUUUUAUCAUCCGGCCUUUGAGCAUCAUAGAACUAUAUGGAUGUUGAUGUCUAUGUCGAAACUCCAUUUAUUCGUAUUCGCAGUGCCAGACGAGAAACGAAGAGAAUUGGUGUGCGACGUUAUCGAUACAUUCGAAAAGAAAGUAUUAAAGUUCGUACCGAUCCUUGAACAAGGCAUGAUACAUGGCGAUUUAAACGAACAAAAUAUUCUCGUUAAUAAGGAGGGUACCGAUAUCAUGGCCAUUAUCGAUUUUGGUGAUACCCAAAAAACAUGUCUAAUAUUUGAAUUGGCUAUUGCCAUUUGUUACGUGUUAUUAGAACGUAAAGAUAUAAAUUUAGGUAAACACGUUAUCGAGGGAUACCAAAGUGUAAGGAAAUUGACAGAUUUGGAGAAGAAAAUUUUAAAGGUCAGUGUUUGCGCAAGAAUAUGCCAGAGUCUUGUGAUGGGCGCCUAUUCGCAUUUAAACGAUCCUAAGAAUAAAUAUAUUCUUACCACGCAAAAAAAUGGCUGGCCAUUGCUGCAAGAACUUUGGCCAAUGAGCAACGACGUUAUAUCGAAGAUCUGGGAUCUCUCCAAUUAAAAAAAAUAUAAACUAUUAUUUCCUUAUCUAUGUGAUUGUGAUAUUAACCCUUUUUUUUUUUCUUUUUCUUUUGCAUUUAAAUCAUUUCCUUUUUAAUAUAUUUAAAUGAUAUGUCAAUUGAACGAGCAAUAAAUUAAUUAUAAUAUUAA